AUGAAGCUCUACUCAUCAGUGUUGUUGACUGCUGUUCUUGGUCUUCAGGUGGAGAGUGUCCUGCAGUCCAGCAAACACACUGAAGCCACAGAACUCACAGGCCUGCUGACGUCACCACACCUGCAGGCCCUGAUGGAAGCUCAUGACUGUAUUGCCGAGCAAGAAUUGGAUGUCGAAACUAUUGAAUCCGUGGACCAGGAUGAAAACACCACCAAACUGGCUUCCCUGGAGAAAACUCGUGACAUGCCUUUGGGUGUGACCGUUCGGAACGAACAUGACCGUGUAAUCAUCAGUCGGGUGGUGAGCGGAGGGCCGACUGAGAAAAGCAACCUGCUCAGUGAAGGAGAUGAAACCCUGGAGAUCAAUGGUGUUCCAGUCCGUGGAAAAAGUGUUAAUGAUGUUCACAACAUUCUGUCCUGCAUGCAUGGGUCCCUCACGUUUCUCCUCAUCCCAAAUUCUCAAAACAAAAUAUCUCCUCACUGAUCAACUGUG